AUGCCUCUGCCUCCCGGCGCCGAACCGCCUCUUCCGCCCGCGUCGCUUUCGACGUCGCUCAACUACUCUGCAUCCAAUCCUACGACGCUGCUUGACCGCCUGGCCGUCCGCGAACUCAUGGAGGGCUUCCCUGCUCACCGCGAUGCCUGCGAGUGGAGGAAGAUGAGGGCACUCUUUGCGGAGGAGGAUGCCUAUGUCUUCACGACUUGGAGCGGUGGAGUCCCGAUUGACCGGUUCAUCGAAAUCUCAGAGGCUGGCUUCGCCAAGGGCGUCAAGAUUGCUCACCGGGUCAACGGCGGUACUGUCGACGUCGCUAUCUCGGGACCUGCAGCUGGAAAGCGUGGACUUGGCAAGCUGAAGGCCACAAUCACGCAGCGCUUCACGAUGCCGACAGAAACGGAGGGCGAGACAUGUGAGGUCGACGUCGAGGCUGACUGCCGGCUCUGCUUCUUCGUCGAGAAGAAGGCGAACGGUGAAUGGAAGAAUCACUUCUUCAAGGGUUUCUACGAAAAAGACCGUGCCAUUCCGGUCGACCCUCGACGAAUCCCUCGCUUCGACGACGAGAAGCUUGCAUCGUUCCCUGAAGGCUACCGCUACCUCGCAUACGGUCAGAGCGCUGCGUACAAGAUCAAGCUGGACCUGCCUCAGUCGCGCGGCGAAGAGCACGACAGGUUCUAUGAGUCAUUCAUACACUGGCUGGAAGGCGCGAGUAUCGAGACGAUGAAGCAAGAGCUGGGUGUCUGA